AUGGAUCAGCAGGGUGCCAUGAGCUCCCAGGAUCAGCAAAACUUGGCAGCCAUGAUGUGGCAAAUGUCGAUGACAUCUCCUAUGCCGCCGGUUCCGGGUAUGCCCAGUAUGCCAAUGUGGCCCAAUCCGCCACCUAUGGUUUCUCCUUGGUUGACCGUGAGGGUUGACGGCCUCAAGUUCGAGUAUCAGCUAACCGAGGAUGAUGUUCGGAAGGUCUUUUCGCGCUAUGGCGAAGUCGUCACGGUGAAGAUGGACAGAGAGGGAACCACGUCGCAGGUGCAGUUCGCGCAGCCCCACCAAGCCAUGGCCGCGCAGCACGACCUGGACAAGAAGCAGCUCCAAGGCAUGUCUGGAGCCUUUCUCACGGUGGAGUUUGCGUACCCUCAAGGAUACACCGCAGUUCCUCCCUCUGCCGAUCCCGGCUUACUGCAGCACAUGGCUGCGUCGAAUCCGUUCAUGAAUCCAAUGAUGCCUGGCAGCGGCUACCCGGUGGCUCCUGCUCCAACGCCUUCAAGCCCCACCCCUUCUCCUGGAGGCCAGCCAAAGAAGUUUACAUGCAAACUGGAAGUGGGAAUCGAAAACGAGGGUGAGUUCCGUGUGGGCAGCCGGGUCAUCCAGAUCGCACGUGCAAUCUGGCAGGAUCCCAAAUUUCAAGAGCACGGAGGCAAGACACGACUCCGCGGAAAAGGCAUCGGUGGUCCACAUGAAGGGGACGAACCACUGGCACUCUGUAUAUCUUGCCGAGACCAAACCGCAUUUGACAAGGCUGUCCAGUAUGCCGAGACACAGCUGCAGAAGGUGCAUUCGGACUACAAGGCGUUUUGUCAACAGCACGGCAAACCCGUGCCGGAUUUGGAGGUCAAGAUAUCGAAGAAAGGCACAUUCGGACCAGAGGUCACCAAAAGCGUCCAGCCGAUGAAUCGCGGCGAACGUCCGGCUGGAGCCCCUACAGACGAGGAGAUUGAGCGCCUGAUAGAAGAGCGUAAUGAUGCUCGGAAGGCAGCCAAUUUCAAGAAAGCUGAUGAAGUCCGCGAGCACCUCAAGUCACGAGGAGUCGUGCUCAUGGACGAGAAAGGGGCGAAAGGAACCUUCAAAGGCAGCGAAGUGACGAAAUGGCGAUUUUGGAAAAAGUGUUCGGCAGUCGUCUCCGUGGCCUACAUCGUCGCCGCAUGUGUUGCACAUGGCUUCGAAGUAUUUUCCGAGCAGCAACUUCUUGUUCUCAACGACCCCACUCGGGUAAUUGACUUCAACAACUCGGAGUAUGGCUCCACCCACGUGGACGAUUAUUGGGCGAAAAUCGACCUCAACUACAGCCCGUUGGAAGGCUGGAACCUGUUCCGGCAUGUGCGCAUCGGAUGCUUCCUGGUGCAGUGGGAAAGUGCACUAGCAUAUGCCGAGCGUGUCGGCGAGACGCUGACCGCAACGGAGUGUGUGCAGUUCUGCAACAGGACCCAGGCAUAUCUUCGGCUACCCUUGUGCCGCUGUGGUUUAGAUGAGACUGCGCUGCCAAUGAUCGAGGUGCAGGGUGAGUGCACGCCAACAUCUUGGGAGGUGUACAGGGAGUUUGACUACCGGUCGUCCAUGUCGCCGUCCACUUACGACGUCACCCGCCGGCUUCUCUACUCCAUCGUCACGAUACGGCUGCCAUCGCCGGCCGAUCCUCCUCUUCGGAACUACAUUCAUGCCGUGAAUCCUUUGGAGUCCCGCCCGCAAUUCGAUUACGACACCCGUCUCGAUCGCAUGGUCUUCAAUGCCGUUUGGGACUUUGGGAAGAGUCGCAUGGUGGCAUUGUCUUUGUCUGACUGGGGCGGAACUUUAGACCUGACGGUGGUUACCUUCAACUCCAGCAUCUCCGGACUUGAAGUGCGACAGAGCCAUUUUCCGAUUGAGGACCAAAUCGUGGCGAACGGUGAGCUCGUCCGUGACGGGCUGGCAUCGGUUGAGGGACUGGGCACAGUGGACAUCUUGUUUGGCACGUACUACACGGUGGUUCCAGCAGCUUGGUCUUCCUCCACACAGGUCGUGCAUGUUGUCGUUGCCAUUGACAUAGACAUGAAGCGUGUCCUGACGAGUGUGGUGAUGCCAGUGACGUUGAUGAAUCUUCAGAUGAAUUCCCUUACGCACCAGUUGUACGGUGCAGGUGCGGACUUGAAUGACCAGUAUGCCUACUAUCAUUUGUGUACAGCUGCCAACUUGACACAGACCGUUGGUGGAGUUACGACUGUUCAAGUCUUCGUUAGUUGCACGUUGGCAGAGCUGGGAGGCUUGCCUUCAGAGGUCAACUACAUGUACCUGCAGUCGGCUGCCAUUGAUCACCAGUUCAACUAUGCUUGGUUCACUUUCAAGGAGGAGCCGACAGGUACUCCAAGGAUCUUGGAGUACCAGCAUGACAGCAAAGACUAUGUGCUUUGGCCACAGGAAACGCUGCCCGACAAUGCUGUCUUUUCCUCGCUGAUCCAGACUGCUCCGAGGAUCAUUUUCGCGCUGUACCCUCCGGCUCUGCAGUAUGCUAGGUUCAAUACCGCUGGCACAAAGCUCUUCUUAUCUUUCGAUGCUGCUACGUUGCGUGGUGCUGUCCCCAUCGACACAAAUGGAGACGACAUACCCGAUUUCUACAACGAGGCUGACAAGGCUACGCGGGGACCUUGCGAGGAUUUCAUCGACCGGUUUACCAUGAUACUGAUCCCGGGGAGCAUGUGCCAAUGGACCACAGAUGCGGACUUCUAUGUUGAGAUUCAACCUGCGUCUACGAUUGCUCCAGGAGAUCUUGCACGGAUCAAGCCAGGGACCGUUUACAGAGGGCAGGAAGCCCGUGCUGGAUUGUACCAGUUCUCACAGCCAUCAUCAGACUUCGCAGUUGUGGAAGCUCCCUUGGACAUCCCAACUCCGAGGGCAGAAGUUGGUGGCUUAGCAUACAUCGACGUGUGCACUGAGCUUGUGCUCGACGGCACGCAAUCGCGUGAUCACGGCUUUCGCGGUGCCUUCACGUGGGCCCUGAGCUCGACAACGCCGGAAAAGCCAGAACCUCACAUACGCCAGCUUCAGAAGAUCGUGGAAUCGGCGAUGGCCGCCGAAGCCCCUGUGGCAGCACAGGUUAUUCGAAUUCCACCAUAUCUCAUGCAGGGCAACACACUGUACAACUUUUCGCUCACGGUGCAAUCCUUUUGGAACCCGGCCUUGUCUGAUACAAGGUAUUACAGUGUCGUGGUGUCGCCGCUACCAGUUCCCCCGAUGGUGAUCUAUGGGUCGUACGCCCGGCAGCUCAAGGUGGAGAGCUCGUUGAGCCUGGUAUCGGAGAUCUUCAUGGAAGGGUGCGCAGAAGCACUGGGACGUGGUGCAGUCCAGUACACAUGGACGGCGUGUAGAAGGUCUGAUGCGGUUUUGCUGCAAGGCAGCAUACUGGGCUGUAGCACGUGGGGCAGCGGCAUCAACCUCGACGACAUAUCGGGAUUCUUCUCCAGGUCGUUGUAUGUUAAACCGUUUGCCUUGCAGCCGCUGGAGACCUAUAUCUUUACCAUCUCCGGCCAGGUCAACGUCAGCAACGCCACAGCGGACCUGACACUUCAAAAUGUAGUCAGUGCAGAAGUAGAAGUGGUACUUGGCGACCUCACGAUUAAUUACUACGGAGGCACGGGCUUUUCAUCUCGCAGGGAUCGUGCGAUCGUUGUGGACUUCACUGAAUCCCUGGAUUACUCCGACCCUGCAAGCAGCUUGGCAACUACUACCUACACCUACAGCUGCCAGAAGGAAGGCACGCAAAAUUCCUGCUUUGCGACACAGGGCCCCUCAAUCCAGCUGACUGCCGACGCUUGCAUGGACGUGCAAGAUCCCCUUUCGGAUCCGCCGGGGCAGUCGAUGAAGUUCACAUACCGCGACAAGGACUACAACCAAGCUGACGGCAUUAGCCUUCCUCCCUACUCGAAUGUCGUGCAGCAUUGCAAGGGCUCAGCGACGACCUUCAUUUUUCAGCCGAACCUCUUCGAAACCGGCACGUACGUCUUCGUUGUGAACGCGUCGAAGGUCGUUAUGGGCGCUGAAAGGGUGAGCUCGAGCAGUCUUUACAUAUUAGUGCAAGCGGACACAGAGAUCGACCCAGAAAGGACUCCCCUGGUUGCUGUGUUCCUGGAAAGCCCCCAGCCGAUAUUUGCUGGCUCUACACUGCGACUGCGCGGUGAGAUCACGAAUCCUCAGAAUGACACGUCCUAUACCUUCCAGUGGACGGCAUAUCGAUAUGGACUCAACCCGGCCUACGAUGCGGAAGCCGUUGCGUUUGACCCAACGUAUGCCAUUCCGCAAUACACUUGGGUGCCGCUGUCACCGGUGGAUUUCAACAUGAGUGAUUCCGACCAGGUACGCACACCACCGGAUUCUCGCUUUCUGGUAGUCUCGCCCAAUGUGCUAAUUGCUGGAUUGCGGUACAGGAUGCGGAUUUCGGUGUUGGAUGCGUACAUGCAGUCUCAGGGCAUUGAGGACUACUUGGGCUUUGCUGAGUACACAUUUGUUUGCGCAGGCCUGCCACCAUCAGGUGGUGAGCUCAUUGUCUCCAACAUCUCGGGUACUGCGCUGCAGACAGAGUUCGUCUUCACCAUGGAAGGGUUCGGAAGCGAGGAUUUGCCUUUGACGUACCGCUUCAGCUACAUCCAAGACUACGAGAUGCCUUUCGCCGAAGCUGUUGAGCUCAACGUCGCGUACACGGAGCAGAACUUCAUCAAGACCAGGCUGCCACAGGGUCUGGUCGGGAGUCAAAAUUUUCUGAGAGUUAUGGGCACCGUCAGAAGUUCACGGGGAGCGACAGCGCAAGCUAUUGUCGAGGUCUCCGUGUCUCCCCCUGGGCAGCAGGCCAUCGCCGACAUUGUCAACCAGGUGCCACUGGUGGAUCCUGAGACUGCCAUCUUCUUCACCACUUUGUUGGCAGACACGGAGGCAGCUUCCGAUGCGGAGGUCAGCGAUGCUCUGCAGGUCACCCGGGAAAAGAUGUUCGGCAGUUCCCGAGCAAUUGCUUCCACUCCAGAGGAAUCCAGUUUCAAUGCUCUUGCAGACACGCACACGGGUGGAUGCAAUGCUGCCGCCUUCACGGGCAGGAAGGCCAAGCGAGAAGGGCUGGCCAAUCCUCGGCAAGAUGCCGACUCGAUCUGCAACUUCGCAGCCGGAGGAUGGACUGGUCGAGAAUUCUUAAAUGCAGAAGAUGCGGUUGACCUCAAGGGGAUCUUCGGUCACUGCAUCGUAGCGGCUGGCAGCCGGAUUUGGUGUCUUGGUGGAUGUCGAGAGACAAGGCCGAUAUCAAGAAAGAUGUCCGUCCUGGAGCUUCAGCUCGAAAGCAAGACCUGGAUGAAUCGAUCGAAGUUGCUUCCUGAAGAUUCCGUGCCAUGCUGCAGAUGGGGGCAUGCAAGCUGCUUGGUCCCCAGCAGGCCCGCGCCCCGGCCGGCGGAGCAAUUUGUUUGGCUGGCCGGUGGCUUCAACAGCCACUGCAACCUGAAAGAUGUUUGGCGUUUCUGCCCAACUGACGGAAGAUUCGCUAGAGUAGCAUCGGAAGUGCGCAGCCUUCCCUACCGUGCGGCCUAUCAUUCCAUGGUGUGUGACGACGUAGCGAAGCGGCUCUUGGUGUUCGGUGGCCAGUGCUGUGUGGGAGGACCGUACCAGUUCUUCGACAGCGUUGUCAUGCACCAGCUAUGCCGCCCCAUGUCUGGCUGGCAGGUAGUUCGGGUUGAAGGGCCCCGCCCGGCAGCACGAGCUCAGCACGCGGCAGCGAUGACAUCGUCUGGGCUCAUGGUCAUUUAUGGCGGCGGAAAUGCGACGCGUACCUUUCGAGACGUCUGGACAUUGCAUCUCAGCAGCUCGGCUUGCUGGUCCGAGGUCAAGAUCUUCGGCCGCAUUCGGCCCUGGAUAUCGCUACAAUUAAAGCACCAAGACUUUAAUGUCAUCGCGUGCCGGCCAUUCAUGGCGGCGCAUCACAAUGGCAUCAUGGUUCUGGGUCGCAACAAGCAUGCAGGAGCAAUCGGCGACGCAGGUUAUCUGGGGCUUUGGACAUUGAACUUGGACACGCCAUAUUGGCGUCCGGUGAAGGCUACAGGUGCUCCGACUUGGGCUGGCAAUUUUGCUGCGACUGUCGUGGACGCCGACAACUGCUCCUUGGAGGGCAGAGGCAAGGCGUUGCUGGUCUUUGGCGGGGAAGAUGCAGGAGCGAGCUUGCCGAGCGAGGUCAGGAAGUCUGCCGGAGGAAGCUUUAGAGGCACGCUUCUCACUGUGCUCGGCGUGGGAGGGAGAAUUGGGCUUGUCCCGGCUGAGGUCAUCAUCAGUUUCACCUUGGGCCAGCUGUUAGAUGUCGCUGCUGCCAAUGUCCCAAUCGUGUGCCGAAAGAAAAAGAUGCGGGUUCUGGAGAAUAAGACGCCGCUCCCAGCAACUGCAGUCCUGCUGGCCGCAGAUGGUGUCUACAGUUUCCGACAUGCUGACAUCCGUAAUCGACAAGGGCAUCACCACAGAUCAAGCCAGGUCGUGGAUUUCGUGGGGACCAUGGUGAAUCUGUCUGUCGAUCUCGGGUACAUCGCAGCAGAUGCAUCUCUGGGGUCGACGGAUCUUGUGGAUGUCACCUUGGGCCUGUUGUAUGCUCUCGAUGCCAUUAUCCCGGGCGUCGUCCCAUCUUACGAAGAGGCCACUGCGAGACGCUUAAAAGGUGGCCGUGGCAUGGGUGGCAAGGUUCCCUGGCAAUGGAGUCGAAGUCUGCAGACCUCAGAGACGCGAGACGGGGAGACAAUGUAUCGACAGUUUUUGCUGUCAACAGCAAUGACCAAGCAGCUUACGGAUGUUAUCCACGCACAGAUAUAUCCUGGUGAGGUUCCGAUCAGCUUCGCACUGCCUGGCCAAGACAUCUUCAUGGGUAAAGACUUCAGUGAUGCAGACGACGAGUCACAAAAUUACGCACGGGUCACCACUCUGUUCGACCUGCCAAGCCUUGAGCGCUCAGGGCUGCCGAGCUCUUUCAACUACAGGUACGUGCAGUUCAAGAAGUUUCCAUACGACUUCCUGGUCAUGCCUGGCAACCGCAGCUUGGAAGCUCCUGCUCCGGCAAACGAAAGCAGACCCGAAGUGCAAAGUCUGGUGCCGCCCCAGAAUAUCAGCCCAAGUGAGAGGCUUUGGCACGCCAUGUCUCUCAUCAUUACAGACGAGGCUGGAGAAAGCAACCUACUCGAAAGGUCCAUCGAGAAUGUCUCAUACUCUAUGCUGCCAAAGAUUGCCGCGUACGAUACUUCCAGUUUCGGCAAUGUGGAGAAUCCGUCCACGUGCUACUGGGUCGACCUGGGGAAUGGCAACUUCAGCGAAGCUGCGUUUGAUGCCCGGGGCUCCGUUUUUAGCGAGGAUUCCUGCAUCACCAUGCAUAUGGAAAACUUCAUCGUUCUGGCGGACGACUUGGCCGCGCAGCUAGAUGUCGUCCAGCAACAGUCGCCGGGAGAGUUGCUGAGUCAGUAUGAAGAUGACUUCACGACCACAGCGAAUGUAGUCUCGGCGACUCUUGUCCUUGUGGCUUGUGCUGGAUUCGUCAUGGUGUCCGUGUAUGUGGACGAACAUGACGCCUCCAACAAAGUGACUCCGCUAGACAGCUUGAGAACGCAAGUUAUUGAUCGGGAGGAUCCGAAGGAGAAGGUUUUGGGAACCAUCUUCCAAGCGAUGAGGCGAAAUCACUUGGUCAUCGGCUGGAACUAUUUUCACCUGAAACUCACACGGGUCCGCAGGGCGGGGAUCUUCGUCGUGGCGGUUUUCGCGACAGAGGCGCUGGCAGUUCUCCAGCACUCUCUCUUGGCCUUCAAGGCAGAGUCCGCUUGGGGAGCCAGCGGACUCGUUGCUGCUGUGCUGGUUUUUCCAUUGGUCCAGUUCCUGGAGUUCUGCUUCGAAUGGCUCCCACAGUCAAGGGUGCUUUCCAGACCACCUCCACGAUCAGCACCAGCCAAGCCAAUACCUCUCAAAGAGCAGGCGCAGCCAAAAGUGUGCAAGUUUCCCAAAAGGCCUGCAGUCGGCAAAGUUCGUCCGCCGCAGCCGAAAGCACUUCCACGGGUAGAGCAAAGCUUACAACUUCCGGUCAUGCCACUGUUACAACUCAGCAAAGCUACCGGGCAGUCCUUGAAGAGCCGGCCUCAACCACCAGCUCGACCUCCCGGACAGCUGCCCCGUCCUCCGCAGGAGCCCCCGCCAGCCGGCCAUCUGAUUGCGAGGAGCAAAAAUGCAGAGCCCGAGCCUGCCUUGACAGGCUCAGGCUUUUCGGAGCUUUCUCGGCAGCUACCCGGAACGAUUGGGCCGUUUGGCUUAACCCUUCCGGAGUUACCACCCCUGCCACAGGGCAAUCUCAAGGCCCUCGCCGACGGGAUGCCAAUGCCUGCACCACCGCCGAAGGGCGCUGCAGGGCCAAGGCCUCCCAAGACGCCUCCACCGAUGAACAAAAUGUUUUUUGUGACUCCCAAAGGCGUGCAGAUGGCAGUGCCACCAGUGCCAGCGUUGCCCAGUUCACAGCCGAGGACACACCCACCACUUCCAAAGCUGCCGCCAGUGAGGCACACAGCCCAGCUCAGUACGGUAAGGUCAGGCGGAGACUCAGCACGACUCCAGCCUCCGCCUCCGCCGCCGCCAGUGCCGCCGAUUCGGUCAUUGGCAAAAAGCGCAGGCAUCUCGCUAGCAGAUGCUUUCCCUGCAGCACCUCCAACGCCACAGGGUAAUCCAUCAGCACGAAGCGAGCUUAUCAGCGGCAUACUGCCUGGCACUGUUGGACUGGAAAGGGAGCUGCCCGAGGUCGUUCAGCCUACACCUCCUGAAGAUGUUGAAGUGCCUGGUAGAUCAGCGAACUUGGUGCGGGAUCCUGAACACACCAUGCCGGCACCACGUGAGACCCAGAGGGAGGCAUCCUCCUCCCCUAGCCCAAGUCGACGGCGCCGACCUGUGAUCGCGUCUUCGCCCACAACAACUGGUGACACGGACCUGCCUCACACACCGUCACCGAUGCCAAAAACACAAUCCCAGAUGCCGCUGUCUCUCCCCGGCAGCAUGAGGGCCCCACCGCAAGCUGAUGCCUUGUCUGUGCCAAGGUUUCCAAUGCCGAUGAGCUUGUCACAGUCCAUAAACUUGCCGCCAGCUUUAGACACCUCUCCGCUUCGUUUUGCCGGAAGCUUGAGGUUGGAUGUGCCAAAGCAGGCCCCGCUGGACGUACCUUCCUCCGUCCUUUUGCGAGUGCCGCAGGUGCAGAAGCAUUCCAGCAGUUCGUCGGUUCCUCCACCACCUCCACCUUUAGUUCCGCCACCCACUGGGCCAAAGCGGCAUGGGGCUGACAUGGCACCUAUUCCGCCAGAGGCUGGUGAGCCCUUAGUGGCGGUGCGAAAACUGAACAAAGUUCGCCCAGGGCAAGUUUCGACCAGCUCGCGAACACCAAAGCCGCCGCCAAACAUGCCGGGCAAAGCCACAUUGUUGCCAACUCCGCCUGCAGGCCCGCCGCCAGCGCAUGCGAUUGUUUUGGCAAAGGGAAGGCCACAGGAUUUUGCCAGUGGCAACGUCGACUUGCAGGCAGUGGUCUCGAAGGCAAAGCCUCCUGCACCGCUGGUGCACCCUCCAUCUGAGCCGCUGCCCUCCUUUGUCUACAGGGUGCCAUCGCAGGCACUACAGUCGAUUGCCGACGCGAGGGGCAAGUCACCCAAGGCUUCUGCGUUGGAGCCGUUGCCACCGAAGGCGCCGCCUGCGAGCGAAAGUUUGGCAUUUGCUGCCUUGCCGAACGUGGCAAAGGAGUAUGUUCCACCUGAGCAAGGCCCAAAGCCAGUACCGGAGGUGGUGGUGAAGGUCAGCGUUUGGAUUGUCUACGUGUUUGUGUUCUGGAUUUUCGUCCACAGCGUCGCUAUCAUUGCCUUGUACGGAGUGUACAUGUCAAACAGACAUAUCUGGGCAACGUAUGCGGCCACGUUCUGCGGUUGUUUGCUUAAUUUUGGGAUCUUGGAGAGCAUGAAGUGCGUCAUCCUGGGUUGCGUGGAGCUCGUAAAGCAUGAGACGGUCAAGAGACAGGCCGAGCUAGAUGCAAGAAGAACUCGCAUGGCACUUAAAGAGCAGCGUCAGCUAGAGCGACGUGCAAGAAUGCAGGAAAUUCAGAAGAUGCAUGCGCCACCUCCCUUGAUGGGCUGA